AUGGCAGUUUGGCAGGCGCAGAUGAAGCAGGAUUGGCAGGGUGGCGGUGGUGGCGGCGGGAAGGGCUGGGGCUUCGGAGGGAAAAGCCCCAUGGCCAUGAUGGCAGCCUUCAUGAAGGGCAUGAAGGGCAAGGGCAAGGGCAAGAACCCAAACCGUGGCAAAGGCCACACAUUGCCCAGAGAGAGAAUUUCAGAGACACCAAUGAUCGGAGAGGUGCUCGAGUGGAAGGGCAAGUACGGAUGGCUCAAGCCACAGGAGCCCAUCCAGCAUGAGAAGGCGUCGAGACACGGGGGCAAGAUCUUUGCCAGCGUAGCUGAUCUCGUCGGGGUGACGGAGUUGACGGUGGGCCGGCUCGUCCAGUUCCACUUGUUUUCGGACCAGUCCGGCCUGGGCGCGGAAGAGAUCCUGCAAGCCUGA